AUGGAAAGAAAUGCUCGCCGAGACCCAGAGCGCCCACGGGACUCCGGGGAGCAGUCCAACCGGGCCAUCCUGCCCCUCUUGCAGCCACCUGGCAACCAACAGUCUCACAGGAUCACUAACUUUUACAUCGACAACAUUUUAAGGCCGGACUUCGGCCUGAAGAGGAAGGAUGGAGCUCCGGAUCGGCAGGGAGACGCUCUUGGAGGGCUCAUACAAAGAGAGGAGCUGACAGGGAGAAAGCCUCCCAAAAGUGCUAACCCUCGGCAGGGUGGAGCAGGAGGCAAAGAAGAGGAGAACCCGGGAGAGAAUGAAGACCAGCAUCCGGACACUGACGCCAGGAGGCCCGGCGUGGUGGCCCGUGAUGUGGCGGCUAAUGACCGCUGCCACAGCCCUCAGGCCAGCACUGCCACAGCGGCCAAGCCGAUGCUGUGGCCAGCUUGGGUGUAUUGUACUCGCUACUCGGACCGUCCGUCAUCAGGGCCCAGAUCUCGCAAACCAAAGAAAGCGCCGACCCCGAGUAAAGAGGACAAACGGCCCCGGACGGCCUUCACCGCGGAGCAGCUCCAGCGGUUAAAAACAGAGUUCCAGAACAACCGCUACCUGACCGAACAACGGAGGCAGAGCCUGGCCCGGGACCUCGGUCUCAACGAGUCUCAGAUCAAAAUCUGGUUUCAGAACAAGCGUGCCAAAAUCAAGAAGGCCUCCGGGAAUAAAAACUCUCUGGCGCUGCAUCUCAUGGCGCAGGGACUGUACAACCACUCGACAGCCAAGGACGCCAAGUCGGACAGCGACUAGAGGAUGACAGUUGACUCUCUGAACAUGCAAUAAAAUCACCAGCAUUCAUAUUUCAAUUCAACACACAGACACACAGCCACAAUAACGUGACAUUUGUCAGUCUUCUCUCUCUCCCUGUUUGUGAGAGAGAUAUUAUGGGUGUAUACUGUGUACUCAGGGCUGUAGAUAUGACGAGGCCCAGCUCAAGUCAAGAUGGAGCCGCAUUCAUGUCAGCCAAAAUCUCCACCGUUUUCUCUCGUUGGAGCCUAAAACCGCGACCAAUGUGGCAUUCAGGGUCCAACGGAAAUAUCUGCGGACGACUGCGAACAAAUAAUAUUAAUGCUGCUCUGUUAAAAUUGACCGAGAAGACAUAUAAUAAAUUUCAGUCUCAUCGAAGUAUGGGAUAAAAUAUCUUUAGGUAGAAUCAAAAUAAAUAAAUAAACGACUUUAAGAACUACUUUUAAAACAGUUAAGUGUACUCCGCAGCUUGAAUUAGUUUAAAGUCGCUGGCAGACCUCUGUUACUGUGACCUGGCUGCAGGCUGGGGAUUCCACUCAGAUGGAAACCCGGAACAAACAGGGUCAGAGGUGUUCGGACAACAGCUGAGGAGCCAUGUUCCUGGUUUAGUAGGUGACAGCGUCAUGUGACACAUCCUACCUGCGUGCCUGCUACACUUCAUCGUGCCCACAUGAGAUUUCGAAUCGUGGAUUUUUAAAAAAAUAAAAAUUAACAAACCAUGUGUGACAGUGAUCGCGCUGCAGUGUGGCCUAACUGCCCGCACAGAAAAAGCAGAGCCGAUAGAACUUUGAUAUUGUGGGCCUGCAGAGGAGGAAAAUGGCCCCAACUGCAGCCGAAACCACGACGGGCUCGAGAGAAGGUGAUCACGCGAUCAAGCAUCAUGCGCACUGCAGCCCCGUCUGAAAACUCUGAGCUAAUAUCCAAAGAUUUCUUUCUGUUGCAUUCCGGGAACUGUGGCGUGGACAAACGGUCCGCUGUGUUCUCCCUGUCUUACUGUACUUUCUGACCACGGUGCUCAUUUUCUUCAGCGCCUCUUGCUUCCUCUUUGCUCUUGCUUUGUCAUGCCGAUAGGAAUGUGAGAACUCAUGCUAUGUCUGGAAUUAAAGGUGUGCUUUAAAU